AAAUUUGAUAAAAAUGUCAAUUGUCAUAUUUUAUUCAAGUCAGAAUUUGAAGCUCGAAAUUUAACGUACAAACUGCAAUGAAAGUGCCUUGCUCAACCUCUCUUUUAUGGUAGAAUUCGAAAUUAACAAUGUAAAAUUGGAGUUUUUACAUGUAACAACCAAAUAAUGGAUGAUAAGCUGCGCAAACACGGUAAAGCCAGUGAACUGAAUACGAAGAACGGCGCAGUAAACAAUUCAGCUGCCUCCCAGACAUCUAUAACAAAUCGUCUAGAACGCCUGGAAACUGAAAUCAAUUUAAUGCUACAGCUUAGUUCUAAGCAGCCACGGAAAUCAGAAAACACCAAAAAUUCGAAACUCAAAGACAAACAAAUAGGAAUGGUUAAACAAAUAGCAAUGAUUAACGAGGGUGUUCAGUCGUCACUGAUGAACAAAAACAAAAUGUCUGAUAAAGGAACAACAAGUAAACAUGGUAGACCAUCUGUGAAAUUUUAUAACUGUGAAGCCCCAAACAAUGUUCCAAUAGAAGACGAAUUAUGUCUUCCUCUUCCUAGGAUUCCUUCACAACAAAAACAAACUACCGAACCACCAAAAGAGAAUGUAAAGAAGGAUAAAAAGGCGCUGAAAAAAAAAGGAAUUUGUCGUUGCAAAAAGAAACACUCUAAUAGUGCCUUAAAUAAAUCAUUUCUAUCUGUGUCAUCUCCACACACGAAACCAAACCCGAAAGCCCGUAGCAGAAGCGCUGAUACUGUAGCAACAGCAAACGCAGAUCCAAAGAUAGAAAAAGAAUUAGGUGACCUUUCUCCAGCGGAUGCAAACGCCUCAAAUCUCACAAAAAUGAAGAUCAUCAGCAGAAGUUGCCCUGCGUCUGCGCAUGACUUCAACGAUCUGUGCAAUCUUGUUGUAGAUCUCAAGAAAAGUCAUAAUCUCGCAAAGGGAAUAAGUGAACAAUGGAAAGAUAAAUUUAUCAAUAUGCAAAAUAGUUGUGAUACCUUAAAAGGACUUCAGGAACAAACCGAUGCACAGAAAAAGUUUUUGAGUGUUUGCUUUCAAACUGAAAUGCAACACAGAAAGAUGUUGGAGAGUAUUUUAUAUGACUCAGUAAAAGAAUGCAAGAAUUGUAAAACAGGGAAAGAACAAUUGAGUGAAGUGAAAGAAAGUUUGGAAUUACAAAAAAGUCAAAAUGAGGAACUGAUAAACGUGUGUGACAGUCUAAGAAAUGAGUUGGCGUUAUCUGAAGAGAGAUUAAAAGGAUUGCAAAAGAGUACUGAGGAUGGAUUUAAGGCAAAUAAGGCACUGAUCGAGAAAUUCGAAAGCAACGAAGAGUUGAGCAAGAGUCAAGCGUCACAAAGAACUGAAGAAUUCAAGAAACAAAUCCAAGAUCACCUAAGCGAAAUUGAAGAAUUGCGUAUAACUUGUGCAAAAAACGCUGAAUGGGCGUGUGAAGAAUCUACAUUAAAAGCAAAACUUAUGCAAGAAAACAAAUAUCUUCUUCGUAAAGUUUCUUGUAGUCGUCAAAAAGAACAGAAACAACUUGAUCAGAUAAACAUUCUCCGACAAGCAUUACUUAAAGUAGGAAAAAACGAUCCCAAAGUCAAGAAGUUGGUUCACGCUCUACAAAAAUACGACUACGACAAUCAAAUGCUUUUGGAGAACAAUGUCACUGCAGCUCACAUGCAAUUAGCAGAGAUAUCACCUCUAAAUAACUUGGACACUGUAAAUGCCGCCGAAGCAAAAAAUCUCAUCAGUGAACUUACAUCCGUUAUCAAAAUACAAAGCAGUCGAAUUCAAGAGUUAAUUGAUAUGACCUCAGACAUGGCUGUGGUUGAGAGUUCUGCGGAUCAAUCGGAUCAAGCACCUUCUCAGGAGCAGAAGAACCAAUUGGAGAUGGCGCGCAAAGAGAUUGAGGAAGUAAAAGGGCGUUACGCAGCUUUAGUGACGAGUGUGCGCGAAAUGCGGAAAAAGAAUAAAAGUCAAAUUGCUGAAGAUACUCAAGCUAAAACGGCAUUGCAAAACGAAAUCGCUAAUUUAUCCAAAUUACUGGAUGAAAGUAAAACUAACAUCGCUAAUCAAGCAGAAACAAUUGAUAAACUGGAAAAAGAAAUGUCUGCGAAAACAGAUCAAAUUUUUCAUUUGCAAAAAGAAAUAAAAGUGUCCAAACAAGAGAAAAAUGAAAUUAAUAAUAAACUCAUGGAAAUAGAAAGGGAGAACAAAGUAUUACGAUUAUCAAAUAACCGACUACGCAUGGACGCCAUUCGGCAGGAAUCAAUCGUUAAUAACCUCGAAAAAAAGUUUGAGCUGCAUCGUCAUGAGCAAGUCCUAAAAAGUCUAGCAAUCGACAAAGAAAAAGAACACGCACUACGCGCUGCCCAGUUCGCCACUGAUAAAUUAAUGGAAACAAUGGAGGACUUUCGGUUGCAGAGUCAAAGUCAGACCAAGGUCAGGCACGUCCUAACCAAACUUCUUCACGAUAAAGAUGAACAAUUGCGCGCUACUAUUGAUAAAGUGAGCUCCAUGACCCUCGACCCGCAGAAAGUCGUUGACGCAUUGAAGAAGAUCCAGCCGACGUGUCAUAUCAAUCUGAUGUCGGAGUCAAGCGAAUUUGGCUGUGAGACGGCCAUUGACGUUCAUUAUACCGGUAAUGAUGAAGUGGUGGAGGCUUUAACGAAUGCCAAACUACCAUCGGAACGUUUGAUUGACCUGCAAUCGGAGUUUGCGAAUUUUCUCGAAAACAAUAACGAUAAAUACACUGAUGAUUAUUUUAAUGGUUAUACGGAUAAAACUUAUGAUAGAACUGAAGAUGAGUCCGAAUAUGACACACCACAAUUGUAUACUUUACACGAAGAAGCAGAAGAAGACGAAGAAGAUGAAAAACCACCACAAAAUAAUGAUAAAAGAUAACUUUAAUUAUUUAAACGAGGUUCAAAUGAGUUUGUUUUCAACGUUUUUCUUGAAUAAUAAUUUAAUUUACCGUAA